UAUAAUAUCAUAAACACUAUUUUACGCGUCUGCACCACAGCCAAUCAGAUUGAAGAUCCAACCUAAGCAGGAAGUCGUCAUCGCAAGCGGAGCAGCAUUCCCGCGAAGAUUAAGAGACUGUUCUGCUGCUUCUAAAGUUCAGCUUUACAUCAUCAUGAGUAAAAGGAAAGUAAAAGAUGUGCAUCUGCCCAUAGGAGAGUGCAUCAAUCAGGUUCAUCAGAUUUUAAGGGAGCGGUUUUGCCAUCAGAGGCUCCCUGACAAGCCGGAGGGAGUGGAAGCUCAACACAAACACCUGGUGGAGCUGCUGAAGCGGACGGCUGUCCAUGGAGAGAGUAACUCGGCGCUGAUCAUCGGUCCCAGAGGAGCGGGAAAAACUAUGCUGCUGAAGUGUGUGCUAAAGGAGCUGCUGGAAGAAAAAGAAGUGCAGAAGAAUCUUUUACAAGUUAAUCUCAAUGGUCUGCUACAGACUGAUGACAGAAUAGCACUAAAAGAAAUAACCAGACAACUCCAGCUGGAAAAUGUUGUUGGUGACAAAGUCUUCGGAAGUUUUGCAGAGAAUUUGUCUUUCCUGCUGGAGGCGUUAAAAAAAGGUGAUCGCAGCAGCAGCCGCCCGGUGUUGUUUGUCCUGGAUGAGUUCGACCUGUUCGCCCACCAUAAGAACCAGACUCUGCUCUACAACCUGUUUGAUGUCUCCCAGUCUGCCCAGGCACCCAUCGCUGUGGUCGGCACCACCUGCAGACUGGACGUUCUGGAGCUGUUGGAAAAGCGAGUGAAGUCCCGGUUUUCUCACCGUCAGAUCCACCUGCUGAGCAGCCUGACGUUCGCUCAGUACCUGGAGCGGGUCAGGACUCAGCUCAGCCUGCCGACAGAUUUCCCAGACAGCAAAUUCGCUCAGGAGUGGAACGCUGGGAUAGAGAGUCUCUGUGAGGACAAAUCUGUCCAGGACGUUUUGCAAAGACACUUCAACUCCAGUAAAGACUUUUGCUCUUUGCACAUGCUGCUGAUGUUGUGUCUGAGUCGCGUCUCUGUCGCCAAACCCACCAUUAAACCAGCCGACCUGCAGGAGGCCAGUCGUCUCUGUCUCGUCGAUGCCAAGGCCAACAUGCUCCACGGUCUGUCAAUCUUGGAGCUGUGCCUGAUCAUCGCCAUGAAGCACCUCAACGAUGUCUACGAAGGAGAGCCGUUUAACCUCCAGAUGGUUCAUAACGAGUUUAAGAAGUUCCUGCAGAGGAAGUCGAACUCCAUGUACAACUUUGAGCAGCCUGUUGUCAUGAAGGCCUUCGAACACCUCCAGCAGCUGGAGCUGAUCCGGCCAGUCGACUGCUCCUCGGCCAAAAAUCAGAGGGAGUACCAGCUGAUGAGACUCAUGCUGGACCACAGUCAGAUCAUGGAGGCGCUCCAGAAGUACCCACAGUGUCCCACUGAUGUUAAACAGUGGGCCAUGUCAGCGUUUGCCUAAAGAGGAGAUUGAUGGAGGGGUUGUGUUCUGCUCUGGGACUGUCAGGAAGAUUUUUCAUGUAAAUAAAAUAAAAGUUUUGCAUAAUUG